CAAGCGUGCUUGGGCGCAAGCCUUGAUAUCGAACUUCACAUCCAUUUGACGCCAUGCUGUUCCACGACAUGGCAAUGGGCAUGGUGCUGCUUCAAAGCGGCUUGCACUUGGACACUCCUCCGGUGAUUCGGCCCGAGCAAAUGGCCGCUGCGCAGUACUGGGCCUAUGGCGAGGGCCGCUCUGACGUUUUUCCGAGCUGCGCCGCCGCGCGCGCUGCCAAGAACAUGUCCUGGUUCAGCCAAACCUGGGGCGGGGCCUUCCUGGCCUUGGAGGGCCGCCCCGCCUACAGCGACCCCGCGAUCAAGACCCUGGACGGCGUCUACAUGUUUGACGCGGAGUACUGCGUGCUGAGCGGGCUCCUGGACCUGCCGAACAAGGAGCAGCUGCUGACGAAUUUCUCUGCGGCCAUGGCCGUUCAAGAGGCGGUCUGCGGGAGUGAGCCGCUGAAGACCCUGAAGCUCCAGGCCUUGGAGGACGACAUCUUCGAGGAGGUGGCCAAAGAUUUUGCGGUCCAGGAGCAGAGGCCUCCGUCCCAGCGAGAAGCUCCUAUCCAGAAGGAGGGCAUAUUGGAGCGGCUCAACGCGCACCAUUGCGCCGGCGGCUCCUACGGCUGCAUGGCGCACUUCUGCUCCUACAAUUUUUGCAGGCAGGGAGAUCGCAUUGCUCAAGGCAACCAGUGCCGAAGUGAUUUCGAAAUCCUAUCUCCUCCGUUGAAAUGAUCGGAAUUUGGUUAUUUCUUCAACUUGAGCAUCACGGCCAGAAGGUUGGCUGUCCAUAGCAUUCCAGCUCACAAAGCUAAAGCUUGGCGGGAACAUGUAUGAGAAUGAUGGAUGAACACAAAUUUGAAUGGGAAAGAAGCAACGACGAAGGCAGAGCCCACCUGAGGCCGCUACAACUCAUCACAAUGAACGGAAUGAAUUGCAUGAUUAGGCUGUGUG